AUGGUUUCAAAAGGAAUUAUAGGAGAUAUUCAAUUCUUUAAUGGAAUAAUUGUUAUUGCAUUUAAAAAAGAAAUUUAUAGAAUUUCUUUAACUGAUUUUAUGCAAUUAAAAGAUAAUGAACUUUUAAUUGAAGAAGGAACACUUACAAGUCAUGAUGGGAUUAUUAAAAAAAUUUAUAUUCUUAAUGAUACUAUUAUAACUAUUGCUAAUGAUAAAAAAAUUGCAUUCUGGAAUACUACUAGUAAUACCCCAUUAUAUAUCAUGGAAAGAGAAUCUGAUGACUAUUAUAAAACAUCACUUCUAACUGAAGAUGGAAUAUUAUUUAUCAGUAGAACAAAUGAUAUUUAUGUGUAUCAAAUUAACUCUGAACAACCAUCUUCUUCAAAAUUUAUUAAAAAGCUAGAAAAAGAAGGAAGUUCACCCCAUAUAGAUGAUGUAGAUCUUAUUGAAAUGACUAAUACUAAUAAGUUAAUUACUGUGUCUUGUGAUGGAAUUGUUGCAGUUUGGGAAUCUUCUCAUUUUAACUUACUUCAAGUUAUGGGAUUACAAGUUCAAUCUACUGAACAAAAAAAACCUUUAUUUAAUAUUAAUUCUUUAUUAUCAUUCCCAAGGGAUAAUACAGUGACAUACUAUUUUGCUUAUGGUGGAUGGAUUGUUCAAAUGGAAGAAAAGAAUGAUCAAAUCAUUGAUGUAUCACCUAAAAGAAUAGAUGAUGCAUUUGCUUUACCUUAUGGAAGAUAUAAUGUUGAAGUUACACAACUAAUCAAUGUUGUUGGAUCUACUAUUCUCGCUAUUACAGCAGAAAGUGGCACAAUUUAUGUUCUUGAAAACGUUAAAGAAAAAAAACGUGACAUGGAUCAUUUAUUAUAA